GACUCUGAAGCAGCGCGGCAUACGGAAGGUGAUGUCGAAGAAAGCUUUGCGAGAGGUCUGGAGACUGUGAUAGAGCAAUUGCAGCAACAAAAUGCGCUUAUGGAAGAGAAGCUGAUGUCGAAAGCGGAGGUGGAAGACAGUUUGCAGAAAGCAGAGUGUGCCGCAAUUGCACGUAUGGAAGACGAAGACAAGGCACUGAGGCAAAGCACUGCACGUUUGCGCCAGUUGGAAGACGAACAGAUCGGGUGCGAGGAUAAGCUGGCACGAGAGAGGGAAACGUUUCAAGAGUGUGAAGACAGUUUUCGUGCACAAUUGGCUCACCAUGAGCAGCAACUGGAGAAACUCCGCUCGGAUGGCAGUGGAGGGAAUGAGGCAGAAGACAGACUGCGCAGGGAACGUCACCAGCGCAUGGAGAUGGAAGAGCGUUUGGAGAUUUGCGAAGCAGAGAAGCAACAUCAAAGCGAAGUAGCGCAGCGUACAGUCCAAGAACUGAAACAAGAAGUGGCUUCAGCAGAAGAGCUGGCUGAAUCAUUGAAGGAGAAGGUUGGUGCUGCCGAAGAGGAAGCACGCCAAGCGCAAGCUCGUGCAGCAGCAGCUUCGCGUGCUUGGGGCCGUUAA